AUGCGCCUUCAGGACGCGGUGCAGUUUGCGGAGCUCCUGGCCAAGCUCCCAGCCUCUGAGGGCGGUCCCGCGCUGCCCCAGGCCUUGCGUGGUGCGGUCUUCCUCCCCGAAAGACCGCAGCUGGGUCUUUCUCCCGACAGGCGGCGAGCGGUCGCGGGGGAUGGGAGGCAGAACGCGAGUGCUCCUGAGGGCUUCAUCCUGGAGGGCUUCAUCCUGGUGGGCUUCUCCGACCGCCCGCAGCUGGAGCUGGCGCUCUUCGUGGCGGCGCUGGCCUUCUAUCUGCUCACGCUCCUGGGCAACGCGGCCAUCGUCCUGCUCUCCGCCCUGGACUCCCGGCUGCACACGCCCAUGUACUUCUUCUUGGCUAACCUCUCCUUCCUGGACGUGUGCUUCACCACCGGCUCCGUCCCGCAGAUGCUCUACAACCUCCGGGGCCCCGACAAGACCAUCAGCUACGUGGGCUGCGCCGUCCAGCUCUUCUUCGUGCUGGCCCUGGGCGGGGUGGAGUGCGUGCUCCUGGCGGUCAUGGCCUACGACCGCUACGCCGCCGUCUGCAGGCCGCUGCACUACACGCUCAUCAUGCACCCGCGCCUCUGCGGGCAGCUGGCCUCGGCGGCCUGGCUGAGCGGCUUCGGCAACUCCCUGGUAAUGGCACCCCAGACCUUGCUGCUGCCGCGCUGUGGGCACAGGAGGGUGGACCACUUUCUCUGUGAGAUGCCGGCGCUCAUUGGCAUGGCCUGCGUGGACACCACGACCCUGGAGGCGCUGGCCUUUGCCCUGGCCAUCUUCAUCAUCCUGGCCCCGCUCGGGCUCAUCCUCACCUCCUACGGCCACAUCGCCAGGGCCGUGCUGCGCAUCCGGUCGGCGGCCGGGCGGAGAAAGGCCCUCAACACCUGCAGCGCACACCUGGCGGUGGUCUCGCUCUUCUACGGCACCAUCAUCUACAUGUACCUCCAGUCCGCGAACGCCUACUCCCAGGACCAGGGCAAGUUCCUCACUCUGUUCUACACGAUCGUCACGCCCAGUGUGAACCCCCUGAUCUACACCCUGAGGAACAAGGACGUGAGAGAGGCCGUGAAGAAGGUACUGGGGAAGGGGCGCGCUCCCGUGCAAUAG